GAUCUUCGCCGCUUCCUCAACGAUGUCACUCUGCAACUAUGUAAUAGCCUUGGCGGUUUCUGCCGUCCUUGAUGGAAUUGUAGCAUUCAGAUGUGAUGACCAUCUCCCGCCAGGCUCGGUGCCUUCCAUUGCCUUUCACCAGCCCAUGACAGCGAUGCACACCAGAGCCCGUCUGCAGAGGAACAGCAAGAGGCCGCUGAGGCGCCUGGCUUCCUCCCCUUCAACAUCAGUGACCAGGGAGCAGGAUGCAAGAGCUGCUGCUGAGAGCAGACCUGCAGUGCCAUACGCAGAGAUCCAGCAUGCAGGUGAGGUGGCUAACAUAACAGAAAUGGAAUGAAUUGAAUGCACAGGCAGCGUUUGGCAUCGGGUUGGUUGUUGUUUGUCAUGUCAGGUGUGCUGUGUUCGGACACGCCUGCGGCCCUUGAGUUCUACACGAGGGUGUUGGGCAUGGCGAAUGAGACCCAUCUGAGGCCAACGACACUCCCAUACCCCGGUGGGGUACUGUACACACAACACACAUCAUGACCUGAUGCACAAACGGACGGAUGUGGGAGUGGUCUAUGAUUGCCGGCCGGUAUGGCUCCGGUUCCAUGCUGUUUGUUGGUGUGUGCAGGUGCGUUUGUGCGUGUUGGGUCGAAUCAGAUUCACUUGAUGGAGCUGCCAAACCCGGACCCCACAGAGGGGAGACCUGACUACCCUGCACGGUAGGUAUGCUGGGCCACAGAUGAAGAAGACCAACACUGACUCGUGUGUGUCUGUGUGUCUGUCUGUCAGGGACCGACACAUAGCGAUCAGUGUGUACGAUUUGAUGCCGCUGAAGGAGAGGCUCGACGAACAUGACGUCAAAUACAGAAUGUCAAGGUGAGAGCAGAGGUGGCCACACUUCAUUCAUCACAUAAUUACACGAGGAUGAAGCGAAGCAGCUGUCCUCAUUGUGCGUGCCGUGUGUUGUGUUUCCAGCUCCGGUCGUCCUGCCCUGUUCACCAGAGAUCUCGACGGCAACGGGUUGGAGUUUAUUCAGGUGGAUCUUACUGAGAGGCAGCUUUAUUCUGGGGAUAGCUAGCUAGAUUGAUGGGUUAGUUGUCUGUCUGCGGGGGAGGGAGGGACCGAGAGAUAUGGGAUGGAUGACGUCGAAUGCGCGUUUUUCAGUGUUCGGAGUGACUGAGUGAGUGAGAGUGGG